GACGACGGCGAAGACGGUAACGCCUGUGAAGAAGGAGAGCUCGGAUUCGAGUCUGUUUGGUAGAGGCCGGUAUAAGUUCUGGGCGUUAGCAGCCAUUCUGUUGCUAGCGUUCUGGUCCAUGCUUACUGGCACCGUAACCCUCCGGAGGUCCGCCGGUAAUCUUAACCGCCUUUCGGAUGAUCUCGAGCCUCCUAUCCACGACGAUCUCGACGUUCUCGAAAUGGAGGAGAGGGAGAAGGUGGUGAAGCAUAUGUGGGAUGUGUAUACUAAUGGCCGUCGGAUCAGAUUAACGAGGUUUUGGCAGGAGGCCUUUGAGGCGGCGUACGAGGACUUGACCAGUGAUGUGCCUGGGGUGAAGGAGGCUGCAAUCACUGAGAUCGCCAAGAUGUCUGUACGCUCUGUCAUUCUCGAUCCUCUUCCUGUCCAAUCGACGAAUGCAAGAGAACUGACUAAGACUAUGAAGCAAGCAGAGAAAGGUGGAAGCAAGGUAACUUCACUUAGGAAAGGUCAAUGAUGCAAAGAAUUCUUCUGAGGAUCUGAGGCUUCAUAUCUUGAUUAUUUUGUACUCUCAGUUACUCAUAUGCUGCCCGAAGUUUGUUAGAGGUGGUAGUUGGCAGGCAGGCAAAAGCGAAACCAUGGUUCUUCAUGUUUUUAUAUGACAGGAACGACCAUGUAUUUAGUUUAGUUAGGUUCUUAUUCUUUCAAAUUUUGCCAUCACAAUUUGUUAUGCGUGUGACAGAAUUUGGAAAGUGAAAGAAUUUUCAUUAGAGUUCUUUGAUACAAAUUCAAGUAAAAGGAGAUUUUCGAACCGUUUCUUUGUUCUCAUGACUUGCUCGUAUAUUUCUUGUUUGUUAGUUAACGUGUAACUGUUUAUAGCUGUGUCUCCAUAUAUAUGACUUGGGAGUUGUUUGGGAUUUCUGUGAUGAUGAUCGCUUCAAAAAAAAGUGUGGUAUAUU